CGGUCCUUGUACAGAAGAAAGGACCUUAAUAUAUUCUGUGAGCAGCUGAUCAACUAUGGCUGGGCUGCAACCUCAGGAGGAUCCGUUGAAAAUGUCUUACAGAGAAAACUGGAAAGUGCAGCAUGAGAAGCUGCAUGUCAAGCACCGAGGUCAUGAGGCCAUGCAUGCCGAGAUGGUUCUGAUCCUCAUCGCUACACUUGUGGUCGCUCAAAUUGUGCUAGUCCAGUGGAAACAGAGACACUGCAGGUCAUACAAUUUGGUGACGCUGCUUCAGAUGUGGGUGGUGCCUCUGUACUUCACAAUAAAGCUUUACUGGUGGCGUUUUUUGUCAACAUGGGGCAUGUUCUCCGUCAUCACCAGCUACGUCAUAUUCAGAGCUACAAGGAAACCUCUUUCUGGUAGAACACCCAGGAUGGUGUAUAAGUGGUUCCUCCUCAUUUACAAGCUGAGCUAUGCUGUAGGUGUGCUCGGUUACCUUGCCAUCAUGUUUACUAUGUUUGGAUUCAAUGUUUUCUUUAGGAUCAAAGCAGAGGACUCCAUGGAUGUAGGUGUCAUCAUGCUGUUCUAUGGGCUGUACUAUGGAGUGAUGGGACGAGACUUUGCUGAAAUCUGCUCAGACUAUAUGGCAUCUACUAUUGGGUACUAUAACAUGGGUGGUAUGCCAUCUCGGAACCUGAGUCACGACAUAUGUGCUGUGUGUGGUCAGAAGACGUUUGUUGAUGUAGAUGAAGAGGGCAUCAUUGAGGACACCUACCAGCUCUCUUGCAAUCAUGUAUUUCAUGAAUUCUGUAUUCGUGGCUGGUGCAUUGUGGGAAAGAAGCAGACUUGUCCAUACUGCAACGAGAAGGUUGACCUCAAGAGAAUGAUGAACAACCCCUGGGAGAGAACCCACGUUUUAUACGGACAGCUGUUGGAUUGGCUGAGGUACCUGGUUGCUUGGCAGCCAGUCAUAAUCGGUGUUGUGCAUGGGAUAAAUUUUUCACUCGGCCUUGAGUAAAGUUGGAAUAUGUUGGAGGAUUUACUUUUGGAAUAUUUCUUUGUAAUUUAGAAGCUAUACAAAAUAGACCAUAGCUUUUAUACAUUAUAAUUUAUUUGAUACACACAAUGACAGCCACAUUAAUGGCCUCAUCCGUUCUCAGUACUCUGAAAAAUGAGUUACAGUGACUCAUAAGGAGACAUAUCUCUUGCACAUAAAACUUUGUUACUGUAGCUUUUUCUGAGUGGUUCUGAUCACUUCUAUCAGAGUUUUGCCUCAUCUUUUUUCCUGUGUGACUGUAACUCUCAGUGCCAUUACAGACAGUAGAUACUGUUGUUAGUUGAUUUUUGAUGAUAACCACUGUUAAAAGUCUGUCAUUAUGUAGUAUGUUUUGUCAUUUUUGAGGGAGUAUGGACCCUGCUGUCCUGUAAGUCCAUUUUAUUCAGGUUGUGUAAGGAUGCAGCACCGCUGUUGUGAAAGUCUAGAUUUGAGUAGUCUGGUGGGGCCAGAUGUGAUCUUGUGAUGACAGUACACAUCUGGAGACAAUCAUAAACAAUGCUGGCUUAAACAUGGAAUCAGGGGAGCUGAUUGAAAUAGCAAGUUGCUCUGCUGUACUUAGCAACUUGGCAGCACUAUCUAACCAAUAACAAGCUUUUUUUCCAUUAUACAUUUGUAUAACCACUUCACUAAGCACACCUCCUUGUUUCAAUGCCCAUAGUCCAUUGGGGCAGUCGUGGGCUGGAGGUUAGGGAACUGGCCCUGUGACUGGAAGGUUGCCGGUUCAAUCCCCAGCGCUGACGGUACGUGACUGAGGUGUC